CCUGCCAGCCUGCCUGCCUGCCUGCCGCGGUCCCUCCCUUCCUCCCUCAGCACCGAGGAGAGGAGCGUCCGGUGGUCCCGGCCCUGGCCCCGGCUCCGGCCCCGUCCCCGCCCUUCUACGCUCCCGGCCCAGCCCCGGAGCCCGGGGGCCCCUGCCGCCAUCAUGCCGGCCGUGUCCAAGGGUGACGGCAUGCGGGGCUUGGCCGUGUUCAUCUCGGACAUCCGCAACUGUAAGAGCAAGGAGGCUGAGGUCAAGAGGAUCAACAAGGAGCUGGCCAAUAUCCGGUCCAAGUUCAAAGGGGACAAGGCCUUGGAUGGCUACAGCAAGAAGAAGUACGUCUGUAAGCUGCUUUUCAUCUUCCUGCUGGGCCACGACAUCGACUUUGGCCACAUGGAGGCCGUGAACCUGCUCAGCUCCAACAAGUACACGGAGAAGCAGAUUGGCUACCUGUUCAUCUCGGUGCUGGUGAACUCGACAUCGGAGCUGAUCCGCCUCAUCAACAACGGGGUCAAGAACGACCUGACGAAUUUUUCUGAUGCUGACGUGCCAACUGUUCAAGCUGAAAACCGAGCAUUUCUUCACAGCAUUGUACCUGGUGCCAGUUGA